GAAGACGGCAUUUACAACGCCCACGACAAAACGGCUCUUCGUUGUUGUUGUGUGUGUGUGAAUGUCAGUCUCCUUCGCCAACUUCUCUUCGGUUUCAAUUCUUGUUCCCUUUUCACUCUCUCCUACCUAUACUUAUAUUUAAUCAUACAUUUUCAUUCUCCAUAUGUGCUUCAAUCUGUGCCUCUCCUCAUCACUCUCUCAUGGCGGGUCUCUACUCUUCUUCAAGACCCUCAUCCUCCUCUUCUUCUUCCUCUUCUUCCCUUUCUUCUUCUCAGCAAACCUUUACAUCUCGUCUUCUUUUGCUCCUGACUCUCCUCCCAUUAACCCUCGCUUUCUUUGCUUUUAUUCUCCAAUGGCGAGGCGGUCUCACCGACCCCAUCACUCGUUGGUCCCCUGACCCUUUCCAGUUCCCUGGCAUGGUCAACUCCGGUUCUAACUCUCCCUCCGAUCGGCGCUCCGCUUCGGGUUGCGUUGAUCUUUUGGGUCAGAGCCGGUCCCCGGCCUUCCCUUAUUAUAAGGAUUGGAAGUUCGAUUUCGGGUCGGAUCUUAGGCCUAAGAUAUGUAUUAUUUCAAGUACUUCGGCAGGCUUGGAACAGACAUUACCAUGGAUUUUUUAUCACAAGGUUAUUGGAGUUUCAACCUUUUUCCUUUUUGUUGAGGGGAAGGCUGCCUCUCCUAAUGUGUCUAAAGUCCUAGAAUCAAUUCCGGGGGUGAAAGUGAUAUACAGAACAAAAGAAUUAGAGGAACAACAAGCUAAAAGUCGUAUCUGGAACGAGACUUGGUUGGCAAGCUUCUUCUACAAACCAUGUAAUUACGAGUUGUUUGUGAAGCAGUCCCUUAACAUGGAAAUGGCUAUUGUCAUGGCAAGGGAUGCUGGCAUGGAUUGGAUUAUUCAUCUUGACACUGAUGAGCUUAUACAUCCUGCGGGAGCUCGUGAGUACUCCUUGAGACAAUUGUUGUCAGAUGUGCCUAGAAAUGUUGAUAUGGUUGUCUUCCCAAAUUAUGAGAGCAGUGUCGAGCGGGAUGAUAUCAAGGAACCUUUUACUGAGGUCUCAAUGUUCAAGAAGAACUAUGAUCAUCUUCCCAAGGAUGUGUACUUUGGCAAUUAUAAAGACGCAACCCGUGGUAAUCCAAACUACUUUCUGACCUAUGGAAAUGGGAAAUCAGCUGCUCGUAUUCAAGAUCAUCUUCGUCCUAAUGGUGCGCAUAGAUGGCAUAACUACAUGAAGACACCAAAGGAGAUCAAAUUGGAUGAGGCUGCUGUUCUGCAUUAUACAUACCCCAAAUUUUCUGAUCUCACUUCAAGGCGUGAUCGAUGUGGCUGCAAGCCUACAAAGGAGGAUGUUAAAAGAUGUUUCAUGUUAGAAUUUGAUAGAGCUGCAUUCAUAAUUGCUUCAACUGCAACCGAGGAGGAAAUGCUUCGCUGGUACCGUGAGCGUGUGGUGUGGACUGAUAAAGCAUUGAACUUGAAACUUUUGAGGAAGGGCAUUUUAGCUCGGAUUUAUGCUCCCAUGGUUGUAAUUCAAGGACUUAGGGAAUCUGGUAUUUUCAGUUCUAUAGUACAAUCAGCACAGACGACUCUCUCAAAGGACAAGUUUUUGACAUCCGUUGAGAGUAGCAACUCUUCUAGAGUAGAUAAACCUGGAAUAAUUUCUUCCAGAAAGAUUGGUGUGACAGAAUCUCAGGCCACUGCCAGAAGGAUCUUGGAGAUCACCAACAAAUUUUCUUAUAAUUCGGCAAUCCCACCACUUUCUCCUCCAGUACUGGAUGAUAUGCACAUGGUAAUAUAAUGGCAUCAAAUUCACAGUGAUUACUGCUGCCUCAUUGUUCCUGCAAAGAGUUGAGAAAAUUGAAAUAGAAAGUGGGGUAAAAUGAGACAACUUGGUUUGCCGGCUCUGGCUCCAGCUCUGGCUCUGGUGGGGGCAUUUUCCAGUGUUGGCUUUUCGUGGGGCUCUUCCCGAUCAUUACCCAAGCGCUGCUGUACAUUUCUUCAGGUUUAGAUUAUAUUAGAUGAUGAUAGAGUGAGAGGUGUAGAGCGGGAUUCUGACUAAUACAGAUUGAUGAUUGUUGCAUCUUUGAUAUUGGUUUUGGAUGCCUAAGGCUAAUGGCUGGAGGCUGUAAACAUUGAACCAGUUUGUGAUACUAUUUAGUUGAGAGGGGCAUUCAUCAUCAUUUUCCAUUCCCCCACUCAGACUCAGAUGAUUGAUGAUGUUCAUCAAUCAAACUUUAGAAUAUGGUAUUCUUUUGCAUUUACUUGAAACAAUCAAUUGCAUUCUAUUCUCCAUUC